UUCAUCUAAAUACAACAACAUUGCUGGCAUUGAAGACCCGUGAAAAUAUUGAAGAGCAUAUAMAUACAUAUAUAGUUAGUUUUGUAUGUGCGCAUAAUCACGGCAAUUGCUAAUAUUUGGCGGCGUGCCAUUAAAAGCCAAAGCGGGCGGGCGAAAGGCGCUUUUCUGCUGAAAAAAAAAAAACCCCGACAGCAUAGAGGCGCAGAGGCCGAAACAAAAAGCAAAUAAUUUAUCAUACAACCACAUACACCUACAUACCAAACUUUGGCAAGAACAUGAGUGAGGCCAAACUUUUUGACGGCAGUUCUGGCCGUUUGGCGCUCGGUUCAACAGUCGUCGUGUUCUGUCUGUUCUACAAUGACGCUUGCGGACCGGCGAUAGUGUUUGCCAAUUUCCUCGCCUUCACCUAUGGCGCAAUGGCAGCUUACUGCAAGGCCCAUUUGAAAUCCCUCCAAAUCCCGUACAUUCGGGCAAGCAACAAAUUCGACUACACCUGCCUGUUUCUGGCCACGUGGUUGGAUGUGCUGGCGGUGCUGUGUGCCUGUGUCGCCCUGGCGCGUACCAUGAGCACCUGCUUGGAUGCCAUGACGGGCGGCAUGGCGCACAUACUGAUUUUAGGCCGCAAUUCAUCGCCGUACGAGCCGUGGCCGGAUGUGCUGGGUGUUGCCGUCGUCAUUAUAAUUACAGUUAUGUUUAUGCUGGGACUGGACCAUUCAAAAGUCUUCCAUAUCAUCAUGUGGUGCGGCGUGAUCAUCCUGAACUUGUGCCCUCCGGCCGCGACUUGCUGGAAAGGCGACAUUUUGGAGUGGACCCGAUAUUGGUUUCGGCCAGACGGAUUUGUUAGUCUUCUAUUUCCGGCGGCGCAACUUUCCUUUGCUUAUCCCCGAGAGUUGCCACUGCCCAAUUCAUUUCUUGAGCGUUUCAAGGGGUUUGGAAAAUUCUUCAGAACUCUCUUUAUCUUGUGUUUGACGAUAGUAUCCCUGUCGUUUUUGGUUCAUCAUAAACCAGUUAACGAAUACAUUGCCAAUCCAUUCCUCAACUUUCUGGACGAUAUUACCUUAGGCAAGCUAGUGCCAGCCGCUGCUUGUUUGCUCAUGCUAACCUCAUCAGCCGCAUACUUGGAACUCUUUCCAGAACUCUACGGUUUAAUAGUGCGUUUCGCUACCUCAGAAUGGAAGGUGCUCUCAAAGCACAUUAGCUACGAAAGUUCCGAAAGCGGUAGUCCCGUAUUUGCUAUUUUUAUAAGUGGCAGCCUCUGUGCUAUGUUGGCCUUUGCGUGUCCAAUGCAACACCUCAUCAACACGCUGGCGGCCAGCCAUUUAGCGGCAGGCUUCUUAAGAGCUUUUUACUUAUUGUACAUACCAGUCCGUCCAAAGUAUAUACAACGUUCCGCAGCGAUUUCGUCACUUGCAUAUAGUCGGCUUAGCACGGCAGCCGCCGCAACGGCUUCAUACAAACGUCCAGAUGCGAAAAAGACCAGUAAGCGGAGCAUACUGGGUGUCAACGUAGCCAAUAUAAGUACAGCGAAGAAACCAGCGCCGAAGAAAAAACCAAAAAAGGAGUUAGAAAAAGAAUGGCUCUUGCUGGGUGAACCUACAUCUCCGUGUCCUAUACGCCAACCGACCGAUGUCGAAUCCGCAAUGCAGUCGAGCAGUAAACCAGUGCCUUUGAAUUUCAUUUACCCAGAGGUAGUCGAGGUCAGCGACUCUGACACCUCAACAGAUAUUGAUGCGAUUGUCGAUGAAUAUAGACAAAAAAUUAGGAUUACAACUUCGAGCCUAAUCGAUAUCAGCUCGCGUGUUCCGACGGUACUAUCUUGGCGCUUUGCUUUGUUGAUCAUUUCUGUUGUAAUAUUUGGCACAGUUUCAUUCGCUUUCAAUAGUAUGCAGCAGAACCCAUAUGGCGAGAUAGUCUUCGGCUGUGGAACAAUGAUACUUAGUUCUAUGCUAUCAUUGGUUCCACGCCACAAGGCCGGUGUCAUCUGUUUGAAUCCCGUUUUCUGUUGCUGCACCCUUUUGACCAGUUGCGUUCUUUUUGGCGCGUGUUCGUACUACGUCUGGCCGGCAAUUGUCUUUUGGGUGAUUGCUGGUCUCAUGUUAUUACUGCGCUGCGACAAUUGGUGUUGUGGUUGCUUCGAACAUAGUGGUGGCACCAUACAAGAACAGCUAAUACCGAACGAUGCGCCGAAAACAAUGACAAAGUCGACGGCAAUACACAUACCAGGCCCACCAACAAAUCCAGUAACAGUACCAACUUUAGUGAAUACGAGCAGGUGACAAUUAGAAUCCUCAGAGAGUGAAGACCUGAAUGUGUGCGAUUUCAUAGAGAGCCGUAACGAAGAUGACGAACUUUGUUGGAGCGAGUAGAAAUAUUGUAAAAAUACAAGAAUAAUGAAAUGUUCAAACAACUGAGUACCUAUUUGUGACACCUGAUUUAUAGUAUUUGGAGUGAAAUGUUGUGCCGCAGCCGUAGUCAUAGUCAUUGCCGUCUCCGUAAUGCCGCCUGCUUGCCUGAAACUGCAACCGAGUAGAAAAAGCAUAUUUUAUAAGACAAAUCCUCAUCCGAAAUCAGGCGAAAAACCUACAGUUUUAGCCAAAAAGCUGGUGUAUGAGUAUUUAUACUAUUAUAUUUAUAUGUAUUGUGUGCUUAAUUUUAGUAUUUAUUUCAGAUAAAUAUAAAAAGAAUUUAGAGCACUAGGGUUUGUAUCUUGAAUGAUCGAAUUGUAAUACGAUUAACAGUUAUAAAUAUAAUUUCGAGUUAAAUAAUAUUGUAUGUCAUAUGUGUUGGAAAAACAGUUUUAUAAAGAGUACUUGAAAAACAUGUGUGCUAAAUUUAAACUAAUCAAAUACUUCAUAAUCAUCUGGACUCAUCAAUUUAAUAUUUGAGUUGAGAAAAUUAGCUAUACGAGCAAACUCAGUGUCGAGUGAAAUAUAAAAAAUGACAUAAUAUAAGAAAAUAAAUUUUCGAAAAUAUCAAGAAAAAUAUUUUAAAUUACA